AUGUCUGUUAAUACUACUAAUACUACUACAUUGCUAAAGUCAGAGGACCCAGCGAUUGAGCCCGCUGCAGCUACAAAUGAAUCCUUUACACCAAAACUGACAAGUGUCGUUGGUGAGGAAAUUGCGUCACCUUUUCAAAUCCAUUCAAGCGUAUUGGAUUCUGUCUUUAGUACGAAUCUUGAUGGAAAAGAAGACGCUAUGUUGGACCAUACUCCCAUGUUUGACGAGCUUGACUUUAUCAUUGAUGGUGUCAAUGUUAAUUCCAAGGAUGAUUGGGUUGCUUUGUUUGAAAAGGAGGAUGAAGAUGAAGAUGAAGAUGAAGCAAAUCUCACUUCUUUGGCUCGUUCAGGUGCUGCUAAUGGUCCGAUUAUCUCUUUAGACAAGUGUGAUGGUGGAAAAGAAGUUCCUUUGGACGAUUUAAUGUUGGAAGCUUUAUUGGUUGAACCAUUACCAAAUGGUUUGACUGAUGAAACUAUUUCCACUGCAACUACCCCUGUUUCAGGUCUGGAAAUGGCAAGCACCGAGUGCACCAGCAUUGCACCACCAGCACAAGCCGCCACAUCAAGGGUUAAAAAGAGAAGCUUUAAAGAAGUUGAACAAACUCAAUUGUUCACUCCAAAUCCUUCAUCUACAUUACCAACUCCGCAGUUGGAUGUGAAGAGACCCGCUACUACUACUCCUACUACUCCUACUACUAAUACUUUUACAAAGAAGGCUGCAGUUGAUCAUUUGGGAUGUGUGUCUUAUUCCAAGAAGCAAAGAUCACAAUCACUCAAGCCAAUUGAUCUCAGCGGAAUCGAAGAUUUGACUGUUUUGAAAAGAGCCAAAAAUACAGAAGCUGCUAGAAGAUCAAGAGCUAGAAAGAUGGAGAGAAUGUCUCAAUUGGAGGACCGUGUUGGUGGAUUGUUGAAAGAGAAUAGUCAGUUGAGUCUAGAGGUUGAGAGAUUGAAAUCUUUACUCUGCUCUAAUGGUAUUAGUUUUUGA